AUGCCUUUUGGAAAUGGAGACACUGGAUCACAGCGCAAACAUGGCGUCCCCGCGGCGCGGCUGCCCCUCUCGGGAUGGUGCCUGCUCUGCUCCCUGCUGUGCGGGGGGAUGGCGGCGGCUCGGGCACCCCCGGGCCCCGCCUGCCAGCCCUGCAGCGCCGACUGUACCUGCACCGGCCCCGCCUGCCUCCUCAAUUGCUCUGCCCGAGGGAUGGAGCGGCAUCCCCUUGGCUUCCCCUUGGCUACCACCGAGCUGGACCUUUCCAGGAACAAGAUCAGUAGUUUGGGUGUUCAGAUAUUCGAGAGCCUGACUUCUCUGCAGAAACUAGAUAUAAGCCACAACAAGAUUUCUACAUUAGAAGAUGGAAUAUUUGAUAAUUUAUUUAAUUUAAGUGAAAUAAACUUCAGUUGGAAUCCAUGGGUUUGUGACUGCAGACUUGCCUGGCUGCCCCGUUGGGUGGCAGACAGAGGAGUGAAGGUGAUGCAGGUGCCAGAGACGAGGUGUGUCCAGCCUCCAGAGCUGGCAAACCUCUCCCUCUUCAACAUCUCCUUCAUCAAUGCCACUUGUGGAGCUCAGUACAUAACGUGUGUGGUGAGCAACCACACAGAAAGAGCUGAAUUUGUCAUCCUCUUCACAUCUGUUCACCCUGGGAACCUCACGGAGGAGACCUGCAGUGCCCUGUGCUACGCUGAAGAUCAGGAGUAUGGAGGUUUCAGCCCUCAGGGGCAGUGCUGGUGUGGAACUGCCCAGGAAACAAACUCUUCCUCCAGCUGUUUGCCAUUUUGCACUGAGCCUUUGUCUGGGCAGGCCUGUGGUGGCCCAUCCCUUGUCCGCUCUCCUUUCCAGGCACAGCUGCCUGUGUCUUUCAGAGGACUCCAGCCCCGCUACAGCCUACACCAGGCCGUGCUCUUCAAUGUCAGUAUUCCCAUUGCUGCCAGCACUUUACUAUGGGAAUUUGGGGAUCACACAGAGGUUCUCAACACCACCGGAAAUGCAGCUGUCCAUGUCUAUGCCUUACCUGGGCAGUACAAUGUCACUGCCACCAUCUUUGUGGGCACCAAGGUCUUAUCUGUGCAGGCAGAAAUUGAGGUGGUGGCUUCACCUCAGGAGCUGGAACUGCAAUGUCCUUCCUUGGUCAAGACAAAUGAGAGUCUGGACAUAAGCAUCCGCAACAGAGGUGGCACUGGCCUCGAGGUGCUCUCCGGUAUUACCACAGGGGCUGGAGAGCUGGGCAGAGCAGUUCACCCCCUGUGUUCUCCUGAUGGCUUGGUGUUCCCGGGAAAUAACCAUUGCUACCAGCUGGUGGUGGAGAAGGCUGAGUGGUGGGAGGCCCAGCAGCACUGCCAGCAGCAUGACAGUGGAGAUCUGGCCUUUGUGAGCAGCCCUGAGAUCCAGAGCUUCUUGGUGGCUCAUGUCACCAGGGGCCUCGAUGUCUGGAUAGGAUUCAAUGAUUUUGCAAGCACUGGAGCACAGCAGAAAGAAGAAGGAUUUAAUCUGGAGAGCUGUCAGAACUGGCUGCCAGGAGAGCCCCAUCCGUCCCACGCUGACCACUGUGUGCGGAUGGGCCCCACGGGGCAGUGCAACACAGACCUCUGCAUGGCCAAGCACAGCUACGUCUGCCAGUACAGGCCUGAAGGAGUUCUCUUAAAUGCCAAAAACUUCUUUGUGGGGGACCCUGCGUUUGAGACGCGUGAGGCUGUGAGAGCUGUGGCCGAAGAGGUGGUGUCAGCUCCAUGGCAAGCUCUGGAGGUGCUGGUGUUCCCAGAGCUGCCAUUCAGGCACGAGGGGUAUCUGACUGCCCUGGAGUUGGUGACACAGGAGCUGCAGAAGCCUGUUCAAGUGAGGUUCCAGGUGCACAGACCCACAAUCAGAGAAGACUACCAGGAGGGAGAAAAUGCCACAGAACCUUUUCACACUGCUCAGGAUGAUGGAAACUGGACACUACUUGAAUGUCCUCCUGGUUUCCAGUGGUGUCAUUUGACUAAUCUGUGUUCAUCCAUCAAUGAGUGCUGCAAUGAGACCGAGUGUGCCAACAGCUCUCUUGCCAGCAGCCCUGCCCUCGUGGCCCUUCAGCAGGGUGAAAGGCAGCUCAGCUAUGAACUCGUCAAGGACUUCCUCUUCACAGUACCAGCUGGCCCUUCUUCCCAGUAUCUGGUCUCAUUCAGAAAGGAGAACAUCUUGGUCAGGGCAGAAGAUAUCUUCAGCAUUCAGCACGACGCAGGCUCGGGCUCGCUGCUCCGGUGCCAGCCAAGACCCACCUCCCCUUACAGAACGAGCAUCCUAAGCACAAACUCUUCAGCAUGGGCACGUGGCCUGCCCCAGGGCUGGCUGGGUGGCUCCUGGCUGCAGGACACUGUCUGCUCCCUCCGUGUGCGCUACGCCCAGGAGCAGCUGGUGCCAGUACUCAGGCCCAGCAAUGCAGGCCUGCAGCAGCCAGGUCCCUACACACUCAGAGCCAGCGUGGGCAAUGGCAUCUUCAGCACCAACCUCUCCUGCAGCUUCUGGGUAGCUUCCUGGGUGUCUGGCUUGCGUGUCAUCCACCCUGCUCCUCAAGGCAGCAAGGUCUACCUCCCGUCCAACCACACCACCCUGGUCGUCAAACUCUCCUCAGGGGUGAAUGCCACGGCAAGCUGGCUGGGGGAAGACCACACCUUCCCCUUCAAGAGCUCCUGCCCAGCAGCUGUCACCCAGCUGACAGCAGACUGUGCCAGGGAGACCAAUGACACCUGGUUUGCUGUGGUCACCCUCAGGGGCCUCAGGGAGGGGGUGAGCACUCACGUGCUGGUCGCAGAGAACGCGGUGAGCUGGCAGAACAUCACUAUCACAGUCAAGGUGGAGGAGCCCAUCCGUGGGCUGAGGGCCACCCCUGACCCUGAGAGCAGGGUCCUGCUCAACACGCGAGUGAGCUACAUCCCUGUGAUGGAGGCUGGGUCAGAUGUGACCUUCCGAUGGACAGUGGAUGACAAACCGUCUUUCACUUUCUACAACGUUGUCUUCAAUGUCAUCUACCAAAGCCCAGCUGUUUACAAGCUCUCACUCACCGCCUCCAACCACGUCAGUAACUUCACAGUCAAUUACAAUGUCACGGUGGAGAUGAUGAACAAGAUGAAGAACCUGACUGUGUUGGGUGUCCUGCCAGUGCUCCCCCAGAACAGCAGUGUGGAGCUCACAGCCAGAGUUCAGGUUGAUUCCGCAGUGGAAGCCAUGUUCCUGUGGGACUUUGGUGAUGGUAUCCAGGAGACAUUCCUGUUCAAACCUCCCUACAACAAGUCCUUCCUUGUUCCUGACCCCAGUGUCCAUGAGGUUGUGAUUGAGCACAAUGUCUCACAUGUCUAUCAAGACCCAGGUGAAUAUGUCCUGAUGGUUCUUGUGUCAAACCAGUUUGAGAACCUCACCCACUUCAUCCCAGUCCAUAUCCACAGUUACCUGGUUGAUGUGAAGGUAGAAGCGGAGGAGGAUGUUCUGGUUGUGAGCCAUCCGGUCUCCUUCAGAGCCAACCCACUGCCAUCUCCUUAUGGUGUGGUGUACACUUGGGACUUUGGAGAUGGGUCCCCACUGUCCACAGGGAGCCAGCCCACAGUGACCUACAGCUACCCCCAGAGAGGGGUGUACAACGUCACCCUGACUGCAAACAACACCAUAAGCAGCGUGGAGGCAGUGGAGACCUAUCAGGUGUUUGAAGAGGUGACUGGGCUCCGAGUCUCUGCAGGGGAGGCAGCAGAGCUGGGAGCAUCUGUGACCUUCAACGCCUCUGUGGAGACAGGGGACAGCAUCACCUGGACCUUUGACUUGGGGGACGGGACGGUGCUGAGGAGCCUGGUGCCCAUGGUGGAGCACGUCUACGUCAAGGACGCCAACUGCACCGUGAUCGUGACUGCCUCCAACCCGGUCAACAACAUCUCCCGGGCGCUGCCGCUCCGCAUCUUUGUCCUGGAGGUGCUCAGGAUCGAGCCUGCCUCCUGCAUCCCAGAGCAGCCUGACGUGCAGCUCACAGCCUAUGUGACUGGGGACCCCAGGGACUACACCUUUGACUGGACCUUUGGGGAUGGCUCCCCCAAUGUGUCGGUGCGAGGAGCCCCGGUGGUGAGGCACAACUUCACGCGCAGCGGCACCUUCCCACUGUCACUGACGCUCUGCAGCCGCUCCAACAGGGCUCACUACUUCACCAGCGUCUGUGUGGAGCCGCCGCUCGCCAAUGUCACCCUGCUGCCGCCCAGGCAGUUCGUGAGGCUGGGAGAGGAGAGCAGCUUCCAGGUCAGCGCCCUGCCCCCCUACCACUACCGCUACCGCUGGGACUUCGGCAACAACGACUCUGCCAGGUCCAGUGGCACGGAGGUGACCUACACCUACCGGAGCCCGGGGGUGUUCCUGGUGACCGUCACCGUCUCCAACAACGUCUCCUUCAACAACGACACAGCCUUCGUGGAGGUGCAGGAGCCAGUUGGGGUGGCCAAGAUUGACUACAAUGGGACAGAUGUCUUAGAGCUGAACCAGAUCUACCUGUUCUCAGCCACCAUGAACGGAACCAAAGUGACUUACUGCUGGGACUUUGGCGAUGGCACUGCCCAGCCUGGCCGGGUCGCUGCCCAUGCCUACAACAGGACAGGUGACUACACUCUCAGUGUGCUGGGCCGCAACCACGUCAGCUUCAACCAGACCGUCCUGCACCUCACGGUGAGGCGGCGGCUCCAGGGGCUGACCAUCAAUGCCAGCAGGACAGUGGUGCCAUUAAAUGGCUCGGUGAGCUUUGUGGCCACCCUUGUAGCUGGCACUGCCACCCGCUACUCCUGGAUCCUCUGUGACCGCUGCACUCCCAUCCAAGGCUCCUCCACCAUUUCCUACACCUUCCGGUCUGUAGGCACCUUCAAUGUCAUUGUGACAGCAGAGAACAAGAUCAGCUCCUUGCAGGACAGCAUCUACGUCUAUGUCCUGGAGCAGAUUGAAGGCCUGCAGGUGGUCAGCAGUGACCUGGUGGAGGACCUCUAUUUCCCAACUAACAAAACGCUGCACUUGCAGGCAGUGGUCAGGGAGGGCACAAACAUCUCUUACAGCUGGGUGGCCCAGCGGGAUGGCAACACUGUGCAGACCUCCACAGGGAAAACCUUCUCCUUGAGCAUCGUAGAGGCUGGAAACUAUGCUGUCUACCUGAAAGCCACCAAUAUGCUGGGGUGUGCAACCACCAACAGGACACUGGAGUUCAUCGAAGCCCUUGGUCUUCUAAAGCCUUGUGCCUUCCCCAACCCAGCAGCCAUCAACGCCUCUGUUAACGUAAGUGCCACCAUAACCAGUGGCACUGGCAUCACCUAUGUUUGGUACCUGGAGGAUGGCUUCUCUCAAGUCACCUCUGAGCCUUUCAUUAUACACUCCUUCCAAAGCCCUGGGGUGGUGGAGGUCAUCGUGGGUGCAGAAAACAAGCUGGGCUUAACCAAUGCCUCAGUUGAGAUCUGUGUGGAGGAGGUGAUUGAGGGGCUGAGCAUAGGCACUGCAGAACUGGACUGUAGAUACGUGUCCUCAGGCUCUACUGUGGUCUUUGAGGGGGAGCUGCAGAAGGGGACUGCAGUGACAUGGCUCUGGGAGGUCCCAAAUGGCACCGUGGCUGGCCAGUCUGUGGCAGUCACCUUCCCCACAGCAGGGCUUUACACGGUGCACCUGAACGUGUCCAAUGACAUCAGCUGGGCCUUGGCCAGCAGAAACAUCUCUGUUCUGGACAGGAUUCAAGGCCUGGAAGUUCUUGCCAGCAGGAAGGUGGUAGAGCCAGGAGAACAGGUCACCUUUGUGAUCAGGAUGUCGUCAGGGACCUCUGUGAGUUACUGGGUGAGCAUAAGUGGGGACUACUCUGUGAUGCUCAACAGCUCCAGGUACACUCACGAGUUCACCAAGAGUGGUGACUACCUGGUGACGGUGACAGUGCAGAACCAGAUCAGCAUCGCCCGUGCCCAGGUGCUCAUCUCUGUGCUGGAGUCCAUCCGUGAGGUCAGGCUGCUGAACUGCUGUGAGGCUGGUAUCCCCACAGGCAUGGAGAAGAGCUUCAGUGCCCAGGUGGGCAGCGGCUCCCGGGUGUCGUUCUCCUGGCACUUCUCCCUGUGGAAAGAUCAAGGUCCAUCUGUGGUCAUCAUGGCAGGAGAAAGCGUUUCCUACACUCCAGAAGCUGCAGGGUGGCUGGAGAUUCACCUCCAUGCCUUCAAUGACUUGGGAGGUGUCAAUGUCACCAGGACCAUCCAGGUCCAAGACCCAAUAGUUCAAGUCUCCCUGACUGCCUCCAACACCUUUGUCAACAGGACAGCACUGUUUGAAGCAGUGGUGGUGCCCAGCAGCGGGAGUGUGGAGUUCCUGUGGACCUUUGGGGAUGGCUCUGCCACUCAAGUGACCAGGGCUGCAGUGACCAGCUACUCUUACCCGAGCCCUGGGGACUACCUGGUGGAGGUGAACGCCACCAAUCUCAUCAGCUUCUUCAUAGCCCACCUCACUGUCGCUGUCAGAGUGUUGGAGUGUGAGGAGCCUGAGGUGGAGUUAGCCUUGCCCCCUCAAGUAGUCAUGAAGAGAUCCCAGAGGAACUACCUGGAGGCACAGAUUGACCUUCGAGGAUGCAUCAAGUACCAGACAGAGCACCUGUGGGAGAUCUACCGAGCACCCAGCUGCAUUAGCUUGGAUGCCUCCAGCAGGAUCCAUCUGCCGAACGUUGACGUGAACAGGCCCCAGCUGGUGAUCCCCAAGCUUGCCCUGGAAGUUGGGAACUAUUGCUUCAACUUCAUUGUCUCCUUUGGAGAUACCCCACUGUCCAAAAGCAUCUUUGCCAAUGUCACUGUGAUACCAAGCAGGCUGGUGCCAAUCAUUGAUGGGGGCUCCUACCGCCUGUGGUCCAACACCCAGGACUUGAUCCUGGAUGGGGAGAAAUCCUAUGACCCCAACUUGGAUGCUGGUGAACAGACUCCGCUGCUGUACGAUUGGUCUUGCACCUACUCCUCCAAGAGCUCGGCUGCAGGGUGCUCUCUGAAUUUCAGUGCCAAGGAAGGAAUUGUCACAAUUUCCAAAGCUGCCUUGGAAGCAGAUGUGGAGUACACCUUUGACCUCACCAUCAGGAAGGAGGGGAUGAGUCCUGAGGCCACCAAUCAAACCGUAUUCAUCAAGAGGGGGGGAGUCCCCAUUGUGUCCCUGGAGUGUGUUUCCUGCAAGGCUCAGUCUGUCUAUGAAGUCAGCAAGAGCUCCUAUGUCUACCUGGAGGGGACCUGCCAGAACUGUCACAAUGACUCCAAGCUGGGGAGAUGGGCAGCACACAGCUUUAAAAACAAGUCCCUCAUCCUGGACAAGAGAACCACCUCCACUGGUGACACAGGAAUGAACCUGGUGCUGAGGCAAGGGGCUCUGAAGGACGGGGAGGGCUAUACCUUCACCCUGCACAUCACAGACCUCACCACAGGGGAGCAAGGCUUUGCCUCCAUCGACCUGCUCCCCAACCAGCCACCGGUGGGAGGCUCCUGCCAGCUGUCUCCCAAAGGCCCACUCAAGGCUCUGAUGGCCAAGGUGCACUUUGAGUGUGCAGGCUGGCGAGACACAGAGGACGCAGAGGGGCCUCUGGUGUACAUCCUGCUGGUGUCACGCCGCAGGGCUGGGCACUACCAUGAGUUCUGUGUCUACAAGGGCAGCCGCGCCGAGCACGGAGCCUUCCUGCCCCCCGGCUUCCACGACAGCGGCUUCCUCGUCUCUGUCUCAGUCCUGGUCCAGGACCAGCUGGGGGCCACUGUGGUGGCCAUUAACCGCUCCAUGGAGAUCAGCUUGCCUGAGGGCUUUCCCAGCCUCUCCCACUGGCUCUACAACCAAACUGACACUGUGCUCCAGGGCUUAGUGAAACAAGGGGACCCUCAACAGGUCAUUGAGUACUCUUUGGCCCUCAUCACCAUCUUGAAUGAGUAUGAGCGAUCCAUGCUUCUGGAGCCUGAGGCUGGGAAGGAGUUUGCACUGAGGAGCUGGACUCGGAACAACAUCACAGAAACCCUGAACUCCCUGAACGUGAACACUGUGGAUGAUAUCCAGCAGAUCUCGGCUGCCUUGGCACAGUGCACGGUGGUGAGCAAGGAGCUGGUUUGCAAGUCAUGCCUAACUAGGACCCUGAACAAGCUGGAGACCAUGAUGACCAUUCUGCAAGGGGAAAUGACUCAGGGCACUGUGACACCGACCGGCAUCGCUGACAACAUCCUCAACAUCACAGGUGACCUCAUUCAUCUUGUCAACACAGUUUCCCAAGAGUCCAAGCCCCAGGAGCUGCUCUCUGAUGCCCACAAUCUGCUGCUGGCUCCCAAAGCCUACAACUUGUCCUCCAGCCUGAUGCGCAUCCUCAUGAAGUCUCGAGUGCUGAACGAGGAGCCCCUUGAGCUGCUGGGAGGUGAAAUUAAGGCCACAGGCAAGAGGUCUGACCCCUUUAACUUGCUUUGCUAUGAGAACACACCAAACUGCCAGUUCUCCAUCCCUCAGGCCUUCAACACCACCCUUUCCAACCUGACUGAUGUCAUUCAAGUCAUGUUCCAGGUGGACUCCAAUCCUUUCCCUUUUGGUUACAUCAGCAAUUACACCGUGUCCACCAAGGUGGCCUCCAUGGAGUUUCAGACACACGCUGGGGUGCAGAUCCCCAUUGGGAGCCUGGACUCAGAAAAAGCCAUCACUGUGAUGGUGUCAAACAGCACAGAUGCAGACAAUCUCUCUGCUGGCACUGAAGUCAUUGAGCCAAGAACUUCUGUGAACCUGAUUGUGACGAUGGAGAGCAACAACAGAGAAGCAGGGCUGCACUUCCAGCUCACUUACAGAGUCCUGAAUGAGCAGUACCUGGCCAGCGAGCCCGAGCCAUUCAUCAUGGCUUACCUCCAUCACGAGCCAGAGCCCAACCAGCACAACUGCAGUGCUUCCAAGAAAAUUGGCCUGGAUGCCCUGGCUGGAAGUGACCACAAGCUCUACACCUUCUUCACCUCACCCAGAACUGAUGACCCAAUCCAGAGAUACUACUUCAACAUCACAAACCACUUCAGCUGGACCCCGGUGGAGGUGACCCUGGGGCUAUACACCUCCCUCUGCCAGUACUUCAGUGUGCAGGAGAGACGCUGGAAGACAGAAGGCAUCAUCCCUUUGGAGGAGACCAGGCCAGACCAGGCUGUGUGCUUAACCCAGCACCUCACUACCUUUGGGGCCAGUCUGUUUGUUCCCCCAAACUCCGUCCAGUUCAUCUUUCCUGCUCCAGGGCCAGGUCUCAACUACAUAGUUCUGCUGACUUGUGCUGUCUGCUUUGUCACCUACUCGGUGGCUGCGCUGAUCGUGCACAAGCUGGACAUGAUUGACAUGGCCCGCGUGGGGGUGAUCCCCUUCUGUGGCAAGAAUGGGCUGUACAAGUAUGAGAUCCUCGUGAAAACUGGCUGGGGCAGAGGCUCAGGUACCACUGCCCACGUGGGCAUUGCCCUGUAUGGAGUGGACAACAAAAGUGGUCACAGACACCUGGAUGGAGAGAACGCCUUCCACCGCAACAGCCUGGACGUGUUCCAGAUCGCCACCGAGCGCAGCCUGGGCAGCAUCUGGCGCAUCCGCAUCUGGCAUGACAACAAGGGCCUCAGCCCCUCCUGGUACCUGCAGCACGUCAUAGUGCGGGACCUGCAGAGCAGCAAGAGUUACUUCUUCCUGGUGGACGCUUGGCUGUCAGUGGAGAGUGAGGACAGCGAUGGCCUGGUGGAGAAGGAGGUUUAUGCUGCCAGUGAGGCCGAGCUGCGGAGCUGCUGGCGGCUGCUGCGUGCAGAGCUGCAGCGAGGGUUCAGCGAGAAGCACCUCUGGCUGUCGCUGUGGGACCGGCCACCCCGCAGCCGCUUCACUCGCCUGCAGAGAGCCACCUGCUGCUGCCUCCUCAUCUUCCUCUUCCUCUGUGCCAAUGCCAUCUGGUACGGUGUGGUGGGCAACACUCGCCUCAGCAAUGUGGCCGUUUCCAACCUGAUCCCAGUUAAUGUGGACACAGUGGCUGUUGGUCUGGUGUCCAGUGUGGUGGUUUACCCUCUCUACCUGGUCAUCUUAUUUCUCUUCCGGAUGGCUCGUGGCAAGAUCUCCAUCACCCCUCCCCUCACCCACUCAGACCAGCAGUCCUUGGAGAUUGACAACUACCUGGACUCCUCCAUCCUCGACAGCUCCUUCCCCACCUUCCCUGGGCUGCGGGCAGAGGCCUUCUCUGAGCAAACCAAAACAGAUCUGUUCCUGGAGGACUCCAAGAGCCUGGUGCGCUGGCCCUCCAGUGAGGCCCUGCUGAGCUGGCCAGACCUCCUCAGCGACCCCUCCAUCAUGGGCAACACCAUCCAGAAGCUGAAGAGAGGCCGUGCCAGCCGCCACCUUGGCCUGGAGGCUCCGCUGCCCGCCGAGGAGGACAGCUUCUCACUGGCUGUCCACCAGGGCCAGCCUCGCUAUUUCUCUGCCUCAGAUGAGGACCUGAUCCGGCAGAUCCUGGCAGAUGGAGCUAGUGGCAUCUCCCACCCCCAGGACCUUGGGCCAUACAUGAGGGCUGAAACAGAUCUGAUCUCAGGCCUGUCCAGCAUGUUUGGGGAGAAAGUAGAGGCUGUCAUGAUGCAGAAGUUGAAUGACAAAGGCCAGAGCAUGGCACCUCCUCCCAGGGAAAUCAGCAGAUCAGCCAAGUCAACAUGGACAGUUGCAGACCAAACGUUCAGGAAGCGCUUGCUGCCACCCUGGUGCUCCCAGCUGGCUCAUGCCAUCAGUCUCCUCCUCUUUGCCACCUCCGCGGGGGUCUCUGUCUGGAUUGGGGUUGGCUUUUCCUCCAGCGUUGCCCUCAUGUGGCUCAUCUCAGGGAUAUUCAGCUUUCUGGCAUCCUUCUUGGUCUGGGAGCCCCUGAAGGUCCUGCUGGAAGCCCUCUACUUCUCACUGGUUGCCAAGCGCCUGCACCCUGAGGAGGAUGACACUCUGGUGGAGCACCCCUGUGUGGAGCAUGUCUCUGAGAAGAUCAGCAAAGUCCGACCCCCACAGGGCUUUGCCCUUUUCCAGGCCAAGGAGGAGGCCAGGAAGGUCAAACUGCUGCACAGAAUGCUGAAGCAUUUCCUCAUCUACAUGAUGUUCUUGCUGGUGAUCCUGCUCACCAAUUAUGGAGAUGCCUCCCGCCACAGCAGGGCCUUUCUCCUGCAGAGCUCCAUCAAGCAGCAGCUGGGCAGCAGUGAGUUCCUGCGCAUCAAGAGAUCGGAUCAGUUCUGGCUCUGGAUGUCUCAGGUGUUCCUCCCAUACCUCUACAACAACCGCUCCACCCAGGAGAGCUCCAGCACCACGCUGGGCACCGCCCGGCUGCGCCAGCUCCGCCUGCAGGAAGCUGAGUGCCAGCACAGUGCCCAGGACAUCCUGCACAGCCUGGACAGGGCUGGCAGGAGGAGCUGCACCAACCCUCACAUCUUCUCCACUGACGACUACGGAGCUGGCUGGGAAAGGGCAGCUGUGAACUUGACAGCUGCAUGGUCCCACUCACCACCUGACCUGACAGGGGUCUGGUACUGGGGUUACAGCUCCUUCUAUGACAGCAGUGGCUACGUGCAGGAGCUGGGCCCCUCCCUGGAGGAGAGCAGGGCUCAGCUGGAGUUCCUUCAGCAUCACGCUUGGAUUGACAAUAUGAGUCAGGUGGUCUUUGUGGAGCUGAUGCAGUACAACCCCAGUGUGGACCUGCAUGUGGCCAUCACCCUGCAGCUGGAGUUCCUGGGGGCUGGCCAGGCCAUGGCUGCUGUCACCAUCAACCCCUUCCCACUGCUGCGGCUCAGCAAGGGAGUCACCCUACAGCUCCUCAUGAUGGUCUUCCUCAUGAUGUUUGUGGUCUAUUUCGUGAUGUCUGAGUCACUGUCCAUCAAGAAGGAAGGCAGAGCCUACUUCACCCAGUGGGGCAACUAUGGCCAGUGGCUCUUCAUCCUGCUCACCACCUGCAUGGUACUGGUGCACCUCAGCCAGGCUACCCUUGCUGACCAGCAGUGGCUCAAGUACCUCAGCAACCGCAAAGGUUUCACCAACUUCUACCAGGUGGCCUUCCUCAACACCAUCUUCAGCACUUUGGCUGCCUCCCUCCUCUUCCUCUUGACUGUGCAGGCUGCCCAGCAGCUGCGCUUUGUCCGGCAGUGGUCUGUCUUUGGGAAGACCUUUCAGAAGGCCAUGAAGGAGCUGCUGGCUGCAGGCCUGGUGUUCACCCUCCUCCUCCUGGCCUACGCUCAGCUUGGCUUCCUGCUCUUCUCCUCCUCCUCGGAGUCCUUCUGCAGUGUUGGCAGCAGCCUUCUGCUGCUGCUCGCCAUGCUGCGGGGCAGUGUGAGCCUCCAGCCCGGCCUGCCUCAGCCCACGGGGCUCUACUGCCUGUUCUGCUCCAGCUACGUCAUCCUGGAGGUGUGGAUGGUGCUGAGGCUCUUCGCUGUGGUGCUGAUCCACAGCUACCGGGAGAUGCACUUCGAGCUCUACCGUCCUGCCUUCGAGCCCCAGGACUAUGAGAUGGUUGAGCUCUUCCUGCGCAGGCUCAAGAUGUGGAUGGGCUUCAGCAAGGCCAAGGAGUUCCGGCACAAGGUGAGGUUCGAGGGCAUGGAGCCGCUGCCCUCCCGUGACUCCAGCGACUCCAAAUCCUUCCGGGGCCCCACGCCCAGCGCCGCCUCCGACAGCUCCAGGGCCUCCACCUCCUCCAGCCAGCUGGAUGGACUCAGUCUGGUGCUGAGCACCCGCGACAGCCUAGAAGUGGACGCUGACAUUCAGCGCCUGCUGUCCCUCUUCGAGCUGCUCCUGGCGCAGUUCGACCGAGUCGCCAGGGUGUCGGAGGACGUCUGCCGCAUCGAGCGCCGGCUGCAGGGCUGCCGCUGCCGCCGCGGCAGCCACCCCGGCGUGCCCCAGGGCACUGCUGGCAGCUACAGCGUGGAGCAGAGACCCUCCCCUGAGGUCUUCUCCGACACGGACCCGCGGGACACGCCGGGCAGCCAGGGCUCUGUGCCCAGCCGGCUCCUCCGAGCCCACAGGGGCCUCAGCGUGGCGGCGUCGGUGCUGCCUCCACACAAACCCUACCCUGCUGCGGUUCCUGCGGUGAAGAAGAGACGGCCCCUGCGGGCCAAGAACAGGGUGCACCCCACUGGCAAGUAAGGGGCAGGGUGCCAGACGUGGUGGGGGAGCAAUGCCCUCGGAGGGCAGAGAAGGAGUUUGCAGAGGGUGGGC